GCUUCUUCACCGAUGCCAUGGCUUCGAACCCUAAUCAUCCGACAGGACAAUCCAAUGAUUCUACGUCGCUGGAGGACCUCUAUACCAUAAACGUCGUGCCUUCAGAACUUUUCUUUAAGUUCCGGAAAGAGAUCAGUGGUUUCCGUCUCGGUCUUAACCUCGAGUUCUUUAAUUUUGAGGUGAAUGAAUUUGAGACGAAGCUUGUUUUGAAGCCUCUUGCACAUGAUCGUAGAUGGAAAUUCAUUAUUGAACCUAUACAUGGGGACAUAAGAUUGCUAUCUAAAAAGAUUCCAAUAGCAAAGUAUCUCAACCUACAGGUAGGAAUAGGCCACAAUUUUCAUACGAAUGGAACAGGCUGGAAAUGGAAGCUCUCAACAUGUUUGGGUGGAGAUGGUAUGUCUCAGAUCCGAAACAAAACAUCUGUCGGUUUGUUCCCUGGAUUUGAUGUAAGAAUUGGUUGGAGGGCCGAGUACAUCCUACCUCAAAUUCAAGGGGCUGUUGGAACCGGGGAACCCAUGUUAGAUAUGGACUUUGGGCGCCUGAGGGCAUCCAUAGACAGGGUGGAAACCAUUCUGACUCAUAAAAGUUGAAGCUUUUCUCAUGGCAUCAUCAGGUUUUGGGAGAAUUCUGCAGCAGAAUCUAUUUGAAAGCAAUAUUUUGGCUUAUUUACAGUUCUGUCAUAAAGCUUUUCUGCAUUUGAUGAUGGCUGGCUCGGAUCUCAAAGCGCUGUGCUCUUAGAGGAGAGGAGAUUCUACAAUAGGCUGUAUUGAGGAAGCUGCUGAAAGUUAUCAUUAGCAGUUGUGAUAAAUUUUGAUUUAUGGAAUUUUUUUUUUUUUGACUUUGUAUUUAGAUGAUACUUUUGAAGGACAUUUGUAAAGUUAUAAUUUGAUGCUAUAUUUUAUAUUGUGGCAUUUACAUACAUAU